AUCCAUGCGCCGCCAGCUCCUUCUCCUGCUGUCUCGGCACCUGCUCCCGGCUCUCGUCGACAUCUGCCGGCAGUUCCGCCCGUUGCGGGAGUGGAGUUCGUGGCCGCGGGUGGUGGCGCAGCGGCGGCUCCGAAUGCACUCCAAGUUGCUGCUGAUGAGCCGCUCCAGUUCAUGGCGGAGGCACUCCAGCCUCCGCAGACCCAUGUUCCCGAGGCGACUCUCGGACAGCAACACCGCCUUGCUGACAGUCUCCACGCGCUGCUGCUGAUUCAGGUGCUGGCUCACUCGUCUCUCCUCGUGAUCCCUCCUGAGACCUUCAGUGGCCGCCAGCGUGACACUUGCCUGGACGCGGCGGACCAGCUCGCAGCGCUGCUGGCGCCCGUGCUGGUUGCGCCCGCGGAGGGUGGCGCUGCUGCUGCGGGACAGCUUGACGAGGCUGUCCGGGGCUUGAGGCGGCAUUUGCGCGGAGGAUCUGGAGCCGUGGCGCAAGCACGCUUGUGGUCCGGGAACUGUGGCGCUCCCUGA